AUGCUCAAUCCCACAACCGAACAUGAACAUACCGAUAGUAUCCAGACGAUAGUCGAACGAGCCCAGCGAUCCAUGGUCUAUAAUCUAACCGAAACUGCUAGACGCCUUCACCCAACCGGCCAAGUCACGACAUUAUUCUUGCAAUGCGGCGGGGCGGGCAUAUUUGUGCCCGACAGUUCCGACUUCCGACUAAACUUCGCAUUUUCGACCUGCAGUGGGCUGUUUGAACACGACAUUCGGGUCCUUGAAAAUACCUAUGUUUUCUGUGAUCGCCCCGUAAUCAUCUUCAUCCCAAUAUCGGCUCCGGAGGCAACUUUUGACAGGCUGAAAGCCCGGGGUUUUUCGGCCCGAGGAGGCUCGAAUAACGUGCUUUUCCGUUCAUUGGAUGAUAUAGAGACGACUCAACCUGUCCAGUUCAAGACUUCUACCGUUGUUGAUGAUAUGAUAAUUGCACCUGCCACAUCGGAUGAAUUUGACGCUUUUGUUGAGUACCACAGCCGUGGAAGCAACGGGGUUCCCUCGGAAAGUCUUAAACUUACUGCGGAGAUUACGACCCAGAUCCCGCAUACAACUAUAUUCUUGGCAAGACUGGAUGGGCGUAUCAUUGCAGCUACUUCGGUGACGGCUUUGGAAGUCGAGUCCGGUGAGGUGGCUGCGUAUACGGGGCUCACGAGUACGCUGGCGGAAUGUCGUGGGAGAGGAGUGUCGAGCGCACUUAAGAGGCGUGUACAUACCUGGGCAAAGGAACGUGGACAUCGGUGGGUCUUUGCCCAUGUCGAGUCGGAUAAUUCGAAUAUGAGGGUUUUGGAGAAGUUGGGGUAUAGAUCGUUGUUUCCUCAUGCGGUUUAUGCUAAGGCUUCCGGAUCUGGGUCAUGUUCGCGUACUUGA